AUGGCCGAAGCCGCGGAACCGACCAUGGACUGCAACCUGCCGGAGCUGCUGGCUCAGGACCUUGAGUUCUCUGCCCUCAUCUUCGCCGCCAAGAACAUGACUGCCGGCGCGCCCUCGCCUGCUCUCGCCUCAGAUGAAGACGACUGGCACGACGACGACGACACCGCCGAACCUCCCACCAUCCUCGGCGCACCAUGCCAUCCCAACGGUGUAGCCCAAUUCCAGCCUCUUGGUGCCAUUGACGAGAAGAGCUCGGCCAGUGACGCAAGCCACGAUGACAUUUCAGAUGCUGCCUCAAGCUCGAGCGGUGACUCCUUUAGCAUGGCCGGUGGCGACCUCGACGGCGAAGACGAUGCCGCCGACUCACCUCACAUUCGCCAAUAUUCUGUUCUUACUGCAGACACCACCAUCUCCGCCUCGACCCAGCCUGUGGUCGCAUCAUCCUCAUCGCAAAAACGAGUUGUUUCCUUUGGAGGUGAAGCAGACGGAAGCUUGGAGAGCUGGAUGGACUUUGAGCCAGACGCGCCGGCGGAUCAUCCCGAGCUCGGCAAGAGCCUAGUUCAAUCGCCCGUUUUGACACCCAUCAAGCCGAUGCGGCCGCUAUCCCGACUAGGUGACCGGUCCAUCAACGAAUCACCGCCGCGGGCCAAGAGCGCCAAUGCCGCAGCCACUACGCGCCGGUUGUCCAACCCGUUUGAGGGCUACACCCGGCCCACAAGCCGGGCCCGAAGCCUGCAUCUGGACCCGACAGCGGCGGCCGUGGCUACUGCCGCCAAGGAGCAGAACCGCCAUUCGAUACACUCGAUUCACUCACUUCACUCGGUCGACAUCGCCGUGCCCACGCGUUGCUCAUCGCUCAAGCACCGCGUCUCAGUUACUGAUGACGCUCGCAAGGCCAUCUCUACUCGGUCUCGUUCGCGUUCGCGUUCGCAUGCGUCUUCACGGCAUUUGCAAACCGAUCACGUCGUCGCGCCGGGGACAGAUCGCAGCUCCAUCAUCUCCGACCUCAAGGAGGAACUCGAGCCAUGGUUCCGCUACCUCGACGCGCAAGACACGCCAACGCCAGCUUCUCGCCAGGGCCUGGCUCCCCCUUUACUCGUAACACCGCGUCCGACCUCCCGCUCCGGCGCCGGUGGUCCUUCAAGAGCAUACACCACCCCGACCCCUCGUCCCCGGUCUCAGGCUCAGACAAGGUCUCGGCCUACCUCGUCUCUGAGCACAUCCUACACCUGGCUCGAGGACCCGAUCGACAUCCCGCCCCCUCCUUCGGACGACCAAAGCCGCCGCAUCCCCCUUCCUCCCAACGUGAUGGAAUCCCUCCGCGUCUCCGUGACAUGCUUCCCCGAGACAACGCUCCUCUGCUCCAGCCUCUCCAUCGAGACGAUCCGUAGCUACUCCCGCAAGGUCAGACAACCAGCCGCCCCGGAGGCUCUCCGCCCAGACACCCCGCCCGCGUCUCCGAAACGCUGGCGUUGGCUCAGCUCCCGCCGUACCUCCAACCUCAACCGCCGCUGCUGCUCCCGCGGCGCAUCCUCCUCCAACCUCGAUCUCCCCUCCUCUGCCUCCCUAUCGCCGUCGUCAACGGCAACCCUCGUCCCGCCCCAGUGGUCUCGUAUUCGCAGUGUCUUUCCCCAAGGGUCAGAUUGGCUCUGCGACGCCCUCUACGCCCACAUUGUCGCCUACAACUAUCUCGCACCCAUGGUUCAGAACAGUACGACGCAGUCGCAGCCGAGACCACCCACACCCGCGAGUCCCAGUAACAGCAGCAUCAUCACGGAUGAUUCCAUCCCCAAAAAGGCGGCCACCCUACUCGGCCUUCAGGGCAUGCAAGGGGUGCAGGACAUGACGACAUCGCCGCCGCCGCCAAAGUCGUUGCGGAAGCGCUCCAGCAUGUUCCUCGGCCUCGGGACCCGUUCGGCGUCGCGACAGACUCAGAUGACAAUGCCGGCUGCUGCUGCUGCUGCUGCGCCAACAAUGACGCCGGCAGCACACUCAGCCCCGGUCUCCGAUGUUCCCCUCCGGGAGCUGCAGCAGGGGCUGUCGCGGUGUAUCGCGCACCUUGUAACGACGUUGCGCGCCGGGGGAUCUGGCGGGUCCAUGGUGAGAGGAGACCUGAUCAACGAGGUUGAUCCGCUCGUCAUGCGUUCUCUGUGCGAGAUUGUAAAGUGCUGCGAGGAGUCACCGAGCAUGACGAGUGAUCGGUCUUUGUAA